AUCCUGUGUGUUGUUUUGCUACGACUACCGUUUUCCAAGUAUUCAUCUCCUUAUCGCCAUCGCUCGUACUACACGGUGCCUGACCCUAAUUUCUGGAUUGGCUUGUCAUGCUUGUGAGUCGUUCUCUUUGAAACAUCGUUGACAUACAUCUCUGACCUGACGGGGCAAACUGUCUUGAUGAAGGCUAUCUGACAACACUCCAAGAUGAAGAUUUUGACACACAUUCAGGAUCCACAAACACGGCACUCCAUGUAUGCCUUAUGGAGUCUUGUACUGACUUUGGUAUCAGUAUGUCAGUGUGACAUUGUCAUCAAUGAGAUUUGGUUGAGCCAUGGAUCUAACAACACUCAAAUGUACGUAGAACUCUACAAUAACGGCAACAGCAACUUCACAAUAUCCAACUUUUCUCUUGUGAUAUUCAAUUCAUCAUGGGCAAACUCGGUGAAAAGACUUCCGGAAGUUGUAUUACCAGCAGAAGGUUAUUAUACUGUUGGUUCAAGUGAACUUGUUCAGGAUAUUGAUUUGGAGUGGUUAGAUGCUACCUUUGGAGAUGGUAAGAUUGGAGCAGUUGCAUUGUAUGAUGGAGAGAUAGGAACUGUACAAAUAGGAAUGGAGCCAACGACAAGGUUUCUAGAAGAUGCCCUUGUGUUUUCGACUUCAGCAUCAUCUAGUGAUUCGGCAUUGCUAGAGAACCUGAAUGUGUCAAAGGUUGUCAUCCAAGACCAACUGUAUCUUCCUAGGAGGAACUUAUCAAUUAAUAGAUGUGUAAAUGGCAAUGACAGUGACUACUGGUUUGCUACUGUUACUCCUAAACUGAAGAACGACUGUGAAAAUAGAGUGGUUUCCUCACCAAUCAUCAUAAAUGAAUUAAAUGCUCUUAAUCAAGGAGAAGAUACUACAGAAUAUGUGGAACUGCACAAUAAAGCUAAUAUUUCAGUAUCACUGGAUGAGUAUACCCUGGUGUUGUAUAGCGGUGCAACUGAUAGAAUGUAUGCUGUUCUUGCCCUAACAAAUGACUCAAUUAAUCCUUUAGGAUAUUUUGUGAUUGGUUCAUACAAUGUGGUACCAAGGCCUCAGAAAGUGGUAGGACAUGCUCUCGAUGUGAACAUAUUGCAAAAUGGUGUAGCUGCAGUUGCUUUGUACUAUGGAAACAACAGUCACUUAUCAGCUGGUAGCAAUGUCACCAACAUAUUACUUGUUGAUGCAGUUGUCUAUGAUAAAAGAGGAAGACAUGAUCAAGAAUUAUUGAAUGUUCUCACACCGGGACAAGUGACUAUCCAUGAAGAUUCUGCCCAUCUGUCUGAAGAUGAGUCGAUCAGUCGUUGUUCUGGUAGCGAUCGCCUUGAUGCAUCACAGUUCAGUCUGGCUCAUCUCACACCUGGAACAGCCAAUGAUUGCUCACGAUUAGAGCCUAGAAUGCCACCUCAAGUUCUUCCCAGCUUUCCUCCAAUCAAUCCCGUAGCGCUUCCUUACAUUGUGAUCAACGAAUUCAGAGUGGUCCAGUCUCAACCCUUCAUUGAACUCUUUGAUGGUGGCCUUGGAAAUGUGGCAUUGGGCAACAUACUCAUUGUGGUGUACAGUGGAAGCAGUCUUGCAGUGUUCAGAGAACCUCUUGUACUGAAUGGCCACUUUACUAAUGAGAAUGGCUUGUUCUUGAUUGGCAGUGCAGAUAUGGAACCUGCUCCAGACUUUGUGAUUCCAAACCUGCCUCCGAUGGAAGGUUGCAAUGCCAUUGCCAUUCACCUUGCUGAACUAUCCAGGAUAUUAAUAGCUGGUUCUCCUAUUUCAAAGGAUGCUCUCCUUGAUGUUGUUUUGUUUGGUGAGGUAACAGUGCCUCAGGAUCAAGAUCUGAUAGAUAUCCUCACACCAGGUCAGGAGCCACUUUCACUAGGUACCACCAACCUAUCAUGGAGUCGGUGUAAAGGAUGGGAUCGCUUCAUGCAGAAGAGCUUUUCUUUAGGUGAUGUGACUCCAAAGGCGAUCAAUCUUUGCACACCCCCUCCUAUUGUAAUCAAUGAAAUCAAUGUCCUUGCAAAUGGGACUAACCAAUUUAUAGAGAUUUAUGAUGGUGGUCUAGGCUCACAGGCUUUGGAUGGUCUGGUGCUAGCGCUUUAUGAUGGCAUUGACAACAGUGCCGUCAGGGUCAUGGAUUUGACUGGAUACUCCACAGAUGAGGCAGGGUUUCUGGUAAUAGGACCAAGUACUGGAACCAAUGUAGACUACGUUGCAGAUACAAUAGACGGAUCUUUCUUGGAGGCUGGACCCGAUGCUGUUGCAAUCCAUGUUGGCCCUGUCAAGUUCUACAGAGGCAGGCAGGCCUCUGACCUCAAUCUGGUAGAUGCUGUUGUGUAUGGAACAGAUGACAGGCCAGACCUGAAUCUGCUUCACCUCUUGAUGCCCAAUCAGCAUCAUCUCAAUGAGCUGCCCUCGACCACACCCUCAUCCGUGGACCAGUCCAUCAGCAGAUGCUACUGCUGCCUUCAGCGGAACCAUUCCUCCUUUGGUCUCGCUCCAGUGAGUCCUGGCUCUAUUAACAUCGACUGCUUCCAAGACAAUAGGACGUUCACAGAGACCGUCAGGAUGUACCACAAACAGCUGAGGAUCAGUGAGGUCAAGUUUGACAGCGGCGCUACCGGUGGUGGCUUCAUAGAGAUCUACGAUGGUGGACUUGGUGGAGUAGCUCUGUCCAAUGUCCUGGUUGAUUGGUACACUGUCAACUCCAAUGGUGAAAGCUAUUAUCUGCGAUUCAACCUGGAUAACCACCAAACCAAUCCCGCUGGAUACUUCAUCAUUCAGUCCCCAUCUCCUGAUGUUCUACCAAUCAUCAUCGUCAAUCAAACCACUUCUAGUAGCAUGGAGGAGCAAAGUUUUGAUCACACAUCACCUCUUAUGGUUCAGAGUGAUGCAGGUCAUGUACAGCUUGUGUCAGUUACAUUAGACAGGGUUCUUGAUGCUGUAACAUUUGGAACCAAUGGCACAGAUGAUUUCACAUUAUUGGGGUCUUUAGAUAUCUCACAACCUCUUAUAAUAAUCAACAGUCAAGUCUUGGCUGGUGUCAAUUCUAUACAGCGCUGUUAUUCACCCAAACCCAAAGUACAACUAGCCUUUGCGACCUCCUCCCCCACACCGGCAAUGGACAACUCCUGCCCCAAGAUACCGAUAGUGAUUAAUGAGAUCAAUACAGACAGUCCCAUUAUUGAGUUGGGAGAGUAUGUAGAGCUUUCCAGCCUUGGCGUACCAUAUUUCCCCAUCAAUAAUAUAACUUUGGUAAGCAUUGAUGGAGAGAAUGGGACUGUGCACGGCUCCCUCACUCUGAACGGCUACCAGACGGAUGCCAACGGCCUCUUGCUGAUUGGCUACAGAAGCCUGUCGGUCCCUCGCCCGGACGUCCCCCGCUUCCGUCAGCCAGUAGGCUGGGUGCUUGAUGGACCAGAUGCCGUAGCCAUCUACCAGGGCAAGCGCUACAUAUACAUGAAAGGGACCAUCCCUAAUGAACAAUACCUGAUCCAGAAAGUGGACUAUGCCUUCGAUAACGCGACAGAGGAUAUGGAUAUGUCUAUCAGUCGAUGCAGGCACUCUAAUGGAACGGUUGUUUAUCAGAAAGCAAACGUCUCACCUAAGGCUGUCAAUAAGUGUCCUGCUCAGGAGGAUACUGUUUUAGUGAUCAAUGAAGCGAGUCUGGUGGAAGGCCAACAGUUCAUUGAAAUCUGGGAUUUAGGAAAUGGCUUCACAGUUCUUGAUGACUUUGUGGUAGUGCUUUAUGGUGAGGAUGAUUUGUCUUAUGUCAGCAUCCCUCUUACGGGAUACCAGACCAACCAAGCCGGUUACAUAGUGAUGGGUGAGGGCGGGGUGUCUCCAACCCCUCACUACCUACUCAAUAGUGGAUUCCUAAAGACAGACUAUGGUGCCAUUGCUCUCUACAGACUUCCAGAGAGUGUGAGUUUAGGAAUUGGAUCCCGACCAGUGACAGCUGGAUUAAUGGAUGCCAUUGUAUACAGUGACUGGACCAAUGGAUCAUCUACAGGACUUAGUCAAACCCUCACACCAAACUCAUUACCUCUACCAUCUGACAUGAUGCAAGCCUCCUCCUCUCUCAGUCGCUGUUUCUCACUUGACCGCCUCAUGAUGUCCCCGUUCCUCAUGUGUGACCCCUCCCCCGAUGGCCUCAAUCUCUGUCCUACCUUCAUCACUGACAUCAUCAUCAACGAGAUCAACGUCGACCUCCCUGGAAUGGAUGGCAUGGAGUUCAUUGAACUCUAUGAUGGAGGUCAGGGCAACGUCUCGCUGAAUUACACCACCCUGGUGCUGUAUAAUGGAGUCAAUAAUGGGGGCAGGUCAUACUUGGCGCUGGGACUGGAUGGAUAUCAGACUAACUCUGAUGGGUUCUUUGUGAUUGGCUCACAUCUCAUGGGCAAAAAUGCUGACUUGCUCGUUCACACUGCUACUAGAGGCUUUCUACAGAAUGGACCAGAUGCCAUAGCCCUCUACCGAGGCCAUGUUGGUGCGUUUCCAUUUGGUACCAGUGUGACAGGAGCUAGUCUGAUUGAUGCUGUUGUGUAUGCCACCAAUAACAAGAAAGGCAGGAGGCUUGUCGAUGUUUUGGUGCCAGGGUACUUCACGAUCAAAGAAGACAGAACUCACUUGCAGAAUGAUGAAAGUUUGAGCCGUUGCCAUGGUUCUCAGAAAUGUGACCCGACAGUUUAUGCUCUGACUGUCCCAACUAUGGGAAGAGCCAACAACUGCAGUGCUUUUGUAGACUUUGAUAGCACUCUCAUUAUCAAUGAAAUAUAUGCAUCUGAAGAUACAGCGGAUCAUGGGAAGUACAUUGAACUCUAUGAUCAUGGAGUGGGCUUCACAUUACUCAACGGGUUCUUACUCGUCUUCUUCGAUGGCAGUGAUCAUGAUAGAUCAUAUUAUGAACUUGAUCUAUCAAAUAGAUUCACAAAUGCAGAUGGCUUCCUACUGAUUGGUACAACCGGUAUGACCCCUCGCCCUGAUAUCACCAUCCCUGAUGACAUCAUGCAGGAAGGGUCAGAUGCCAUCGUUCUGUACAGAGCAUCCCCUGAAGACAUUCCUCGAGGAUCCAACCUCUCCUUGGAGAACAUCCAGGAUGCGGUGGUCUACGGGUCGUCCCUGGUAGCGGAUAACUCCCUCAUGACCUCACUGGCUCCAGGUCAGCUACAGGUCAUGAUGGCCGGGCCAGGGAGUUCUGCUUCUAGGUGCCUCUCAAACCGGCCUGUCUCCAUGUCUGCGUUCAUCUCAACAAUGCCUUCCCCAGAGCAAAACAACAAUUGCACUACACCUGUUGUUGUUAUCAAUGAAGUUAACCUCGAAAACCAUGAUGGUGGUUCACAAGAGUUCAUUGAACUUUACGAUGGAGGUCGAGGGUCAACACCCCUGGAUUCCCUGGUGCUGGUGCUCUUCACAGGGAUCAAUGGAGGGAGGGCAUACAAGACCAUACCCUUACAAGGACAGAGGACUGAUGAGAUUGGAUACUUUCUGAUAGCCACAUCUCCACUCUCUUCAUACGGUGACAUUCUCGUUGGUGAUCUGGGCCAGAGCUUCUUGCGGAAUGGAGCCAAUGCUAUCGCCCUCUAUAGAGGAGAUCACCAUGACUACAAGGCAGGGAUGCCUGCCACAUCACAAGGGCUUCUUGAUGCUGUAGUGUAUGGGGACAUGAAUAGGCAGAGCAUGACACUGCUGAGGCAACUCCUACCAGACCAAGCUCAAGUUACAGUCAAUGCCAGCUUCUACCAGGGAGCUGAGAGCAUAAGCCAUUGUGAGUGCUGCCAACCUCUGCUCUCAUCUGCAUACAAAUUGUCACACCCAUCACCUAGGCAACCAAACCACUGCUCAGAACAUUCUCCCGUUACUCCCAGUCCUGAGUCAGUGGUCAUCAAUGAGAUUAACCCGUUCGAUACAGUGACUGGUGGAAAAGAAUUUAUAGAACUAAAGGGAUCAGCGAAUGCUGCGCUUGACGGAUACGCAGUGGUGGUUGCCGUAGAGGAUGAUGAUUCUGCCAAAGUGUCGUACGUGGUCGACUUGUCCGGACAGACAUUUGAUCAAAAUGGUUACAUGGUGAUUGGAACAGGCAGUCUGGUACCAUUACCAAAGGUUACACUGCCUUCUGUUCCUGAUGGGGUUUUGAAGGCACUAGGGGGCGCUGUAACACUCUGCAGGGGUCAGUCUCAGGACUUCAGAGUGGGGUCUGUGGUUCCAAUGGCCAGGAUAGUGGAUACUUUGGUCUACAGAGGACAGAAUACGCCUGUGAGCAAAGCACUGAGUGAGCUGACAUCAGAUGGGAAAGUGAUAGAGGAUGAAUCAAGCUACCUCCCUGGAGACGAAACAAUCUCGCGAUGCUCCUGCUGUGAGUUAAGAACCAAUGAUGCCUUCAUGCUGUCCAGCCCCACCCCGGGUAGAAACAAUGCUUGCCCCAAGCCCCGGUAUGGACAGACUAUACAGCUCCGACUAGAAGAUGCAGUCUUUGAUCAGUGGCAGAGUAGGCCACAGUGGAAGGCUUCAUUGAGGGAUGCGGUGGUCAAUGGUGUGAAAGAAGAAUGCAAGUGCAGAUUCAAUUCCAAUUACUUGAAAGACGAGAAAUUUCUGAAUGGAAGUGUCAUAUACCAAGCCAAUCUGUCAGCUUUGAAUACUGGCCAGGCAUCAGAUCUCAUUGAGGCUUAUACCAGAUUUGUGAAGAAGACUGAAAGCUUGGAGAUCUAUGGUGUGAGCUACAGUAUUGAUAGGGAUUGUAUCGUGGACUGCACAGCUAAAGGCGAUAACUUGGCUAUUCUUCAACACCCGGCCCCAGCUGUGAUUGUUGGAGUCACAUUGUCAGCGAUCAUAAUUGUCAUCUUUGCUCUUGCAAUUUUCACCUACUUUAAAAGAAGAAAUGGCAACAAUUUCAUGAUGAGAUCAUUCCGAUGGUUCAAGGAAGAUUCCGACCUGGACGGUGAAUUCCGGGUGACUGAUGCCUGCCAGCUUGAAGACUUGGACGUUCUCUCCCAGGUGGCAAACAACGAUAACUUUGUCAAUCCUGUCCGCACCCUACCAUCGAUGCUUCAGGCCAGCUACUCGGCCAGGAGGCGGGAUCAAGGUGGUGACCCUGGCAACGGACCCAUCAGUGUGGAUCUAGAAGUGGACACAAGCAUCAGUUAUGCUUGAAAGGGAGAUGUUUUGUGUUGUUGAAGAUGUUUAAGGUAAUCUUGAGUUCUGGUAAUGAAUGAUAACAACAAUUAAAAACAAAAAC